CGCUCGAUCAUAAUCAAGGCAGGCGGAGGCGGCGAACGCCCUUGAGCGUCAAGAGGUCGACCGGCGACGACGGCACUACGUUGCACAGCACCAAGCGUUCGAACUUUUUAAAGGCAGUAGUUACUAGUAAGUUGAGCUCGGGCGAUGUGUGGUGGUCAGAGUGGUCCGACGUAGAGCAGGGUGACCGAUAUGGACAGGAUAUUUCGUGGUAUAAUGAAGUACAGGCGGACGAACAGGGCGAAGAUGGUCGAGCAAUUCGUCCAGGUGAAAAACAACCCGGAGCCUAAAGCUUUAUUUUUCACUUGCAUGGACAGCCGUAUGUUGCCAGCUCGAUUUACUGAAACCAACAUUGGUGAUAUGUUCAUUGUUCGAAAUGCUGGAAAUUUGAUUCCACAUUCGCAGCAUUUCCUAGAUGAAUAUACUACAUGUGAACCAGCAGCCUUGGAACUAGGAUGUGUACACAACGAUAUAAGGCAUGUUAUCGUUUGCGGGCAUUCUGAUUGCAAAGCAAUGAACUUGUUGCACCUGCUCAGGGACACGGAAUUUGCUAGCAUCGACAACCGCCGGAUGUCGCCGCUUCGAUCAUGGCUCUGUACGCACGCAAUAUCAUCUUUGGAAAAGUAUCAACAGCUGGAAGCAGCUGGCUUCGACACACCACUCAUUUUUCAGGCCGAGACACCCUUACGCAGAAUUAUUGCUUACAUUGAUCCAGAAGACAAGUUUUCCGUUACAGAUAAGUUAUCACAGGUUAAUACCCUACAGCAGAUGCAAAAUAUUGCCAGCUAUGGUUUCCUUAGGAAACGUCUAGAGGCGUAUGACCUGCAUAUACACGCUCUUUGGUUUGAUAUAUAUACCGGGGAUAUAUACUAUUUUAGUAGACAGAGCAAAAAAUUUGUUGAAAUUAACGAAAAAAACGUGGAUAAACUAGUGGAAGAGGUUUCUAAGUACUAUUGCUAAGAUUAAUGUGAAGCUUAUACAUCCUUCGACCAUAUAUACAUAUACAUACACGCACGCACACACGAAUACUUAACUUAUUGGUGCUUAAAAUUCGAGACUAUUUAAAACAGAACAAUUAUACUAAUUAAUAUACUAUUUUGUUUACAUUCCAAAACAAACAUUCCAACCAAACAAUAUACACAUUACCGUACUUAUUUUUAUUUUAUAAUGUUAUAUACUUAACUGUUAUUGUUAUUUUUUAAUCAAAUAAGUGAUUAUGAAUCUCCAUAUUAUAUAUAAAGUUAUUUUUAUUUUUCAUAUGUUAUAAUAUAUUAUUAUAAUAUAUAUUUAUUGUUUUUAAAUUGUUGUAAUUGUUUGAAUUUUAUCAUAUUUGUGAAUAUUAUUUUGUCACCAAUAAAGUACAAGAGAAAUGA